AUGAAAUUCUUAUCAAUAUUGACCUUUGCUCUUGUACUUAUAAUUGCUAUUGUUCAUGCAACCCCUGUUAAAAGAAGCAUACAAAACAAAGUAGGAACACAGGGAGUACGUUUCCAAGAUUCCUAUAGGCAAUAUAUUAAAUCCGUGAAAGGUGUCUAUGAUGACUACAAAAGCAAAAUCGAUUCUUUCAAUAAAGAGAUCAAAGCUGCCGCAAAAGAAGAUCAUACAGACGAAGCAGACGUAAAAUGGCUAAUUGGAUGGAAUGGCAAAUAUGAUGAUAAAGUAAAUGACUUUAAGUCAACUGCCGACGAAUUGGAUAGUUUAGUCGAUAAACUUCAAGAAAAAUUAUCCGCUUAUCAAUAA